AUGGCUGAUUUAAUCGACGAUGUGAUGUGGGAGUCGAGAGAAAAUGAUACCAAUCUUGAUGAAGGAACCUCGAAUACAAGGGGUAGCGGUGUGGAUGAUGAUUUUGCACAGUUGUUAGAAGAAAUGGAAACUCAAUUGUAUCAUGGUUGCAUCUUUCCUUCCCUUGAGUUUCUAGCAAAGUUAAUGCAUAUCAAGGUGAACAACAAAUGGACUGAUAGUUCAUUUGAUCAACUCCUUGAGUUGUUGCAAUUAGCAUUUCCCAAAGGCAACAAGGUUCCCUUUUCACAUUAUCUAGCCAAAAAGAAACUAAAGUCUAUUGGCCUAGGGUAUGAGUUGAUACAUGUGUGCAAAAACGAUUGUUGUCUCUUUUGGAAAGAACACGAUUCAUUGCAAGUUUGUCCCGUUUGUAAAGAGAGCCGAUGGAUCGAUAAAAACACCAAGGGUAACAAAGUACCUCAUAAGGUGUUACGGUACUUUCCUGUAACCCCUAGACUACGACGUUUAUAUUGUUCGACGCACACUGCCAAAAAUAUGAUUUGGCAUAGUACCAUACGUUCAGAAGAUGGUGUGAUGCUUCAUCCUGUUGAUGGGGAACAUUGGCAAGAUUUUGAUAAAAAAUACCCCGACUUCUCGAGUAAACCCCGUAAUGUAUGCCUAGGUCUUACAGCUAACGGUUUCAAUCCAUUUGGAAACAUGUGUAAUCCACAUAGCACAUGGACGGUCAUACUCACCACAUACAAUCUGCCACCCUGGCUUUGUAUGAAAGAGUCAUCAUUCAUGUUUACUUUGUUGAUUCCAAGCCCGAAAGCUCCUGGCAAGGAUAUGGAUGUUUUCCUUAGACCGUUGGUGGAAGAGCUUAAACAUUUUUGGGUACGUAUUAAAGAUGCGGCGACAAACACAUUCUUCACGAUGAGAGCUAUGUUUUUGUGGACAAUAAACGAUUGGCCAGCUCGUAGUAGUCUAUCAGGUUGGAGUAGGCAAGGGUAUAGAGCAUGUGCUACUUGCAAUGAAGACACUCCUUCAUACCGUGCAACAAACAAAGUCGUAUAUAUCGGUCAUCGUCAUUUCCUAGAUGCUAAUGAUCCGGUAAGAAAGAGGUUGGACUUUAACGAGAUGGAAGAGACAAGACCCGCUCCGAGACACUUUAGUAAUGAUGACAUACAAGAGCAACUAGGUCGCCUACUAACUCGUAAACCGGGUAAACAUCCUGAGCAUGGAGGCGGGGAGCCAAAGCGACAAGAUUACGAGUUGAACUGGUCAAAACGAAGAAUUUUCUACGAACUCGAGUAUUGGUCUUCUCUACGGUUGAAACACAAUAUACAUCUCAUGCAUGUCCAGAAAAAUGUGGACGAGAGUUUGUUAGGUACUCUUCUAAUGGACGAUAAAAACAAAGACACAUCAAAUGCACGAGAGGACUUGAGAAUUCUAAACAUUCGGAAAAAUGAAUGGUUGCAAAAAAAAAUGGUGACAAGUUUCAUAGACCCCAAGCAAGAUACUCUUUCACGAAAUCUAGUUGACAACUCUUUUGUCAAUUUAUAA